GUGAAAGUAACUGUAAUGCGGGGCGAGACGGAGUGAAAUAAAGGGUAAAAUCUCAGUGAAUCUCAGUCUUCAGUCUCCUGCAGGGUGAGUGAUCUCCAGGCAGCACUGCCUCUCCGCGCUGGCGCCGAUUCUACAGCAGGUAAACUCUGUUUAAGGUGAACACACCGCGCUGCGUCCACUGCAGGUCCGGAUCCGGACCGUUAUUUAUACAGGUCAGUCAUGCAGUCCUGCAGUUCUGCCCUUUGUGUCCUGAUCUUACUGAUAGGUACAGGCACUGAUGCCUCUACAUCGCUGGACUCUGCUGGUGCCAACGCUACAGCUAUUAACACCUCUACAUCGCUGGACUCUGCUGGUGCCAACGCUACAGCUAUUAACACUUCUACAUCGCUGGACUCUGCUGGUGCCAACGCUACAGCUAUUAACAUUCUCAUUCUCUUUCUUUCAGCCUCUACAUCGCUGGACUCUGCUGGUGCCAACGCUACAGCUAUUAACACCUCUACAUCGCUGGACUCUGCUGGUGCCAACGCUACAGCUAUUAACACCUCUACAUCGCUGGACUCUGCUGGUGCCAACGCUACAGCUAUUAACACCUCUACAUCGCUGGACUCUGCUGGUGCCAACGCUACAGCUAUUAACACCUCUACAUCGCUGGACUCUGCUGGUGCCAACGCUACAGCUAUUAACACCUCUACAUCGCUGGACUCUGCUGGUGCCAACGCUACAGCUAUUAACACCUCUACAUCGCUGGACUCUGCUGGUGCCAACGCUACAGCUAUUAACACCUCUACAUCGCUGGACUCUGCUGGUGCCAACGCUACAGCUAUUAACACCUCUACAUCGCUGGACUCUGCUGGUGCCAACGCUACAGCUAUUAACACCUCUACAUCGCUGGACUCUGCUGGUGCCAACGCUACAGCUAUUAACACCUCUACAUCGCUGGACUCUGCUGGUGCCAACGCUACAGCUAUUAACACUUCUACAUCGCUGGACUCUGCUGGUGCCAACGCUACAGCUAUUAACACCUCUACAUCGCUGGACUCUGCUGGUGCCAACGCUACAGCUAUUAACACCUCUACAUCGCUGGACUCUGCUGGUGCCAACGCUACAGCUAUUAACACCUCUACAUCGCUGGACUCUGCUGGUGCCAACGCUACAGCUAUUAACACCUCUACAUCGCUGGACUCUGCUGGUGCCAACGCUACAGCUAUUAACACCUCUACAUCGCUGGACUCUGCUGGUGCCAACGCUACAGCUAUUAACACCUCUACAUCGCUGGACUCUGCUGGUGCCAACGCUACAGCUAUUAACACCUCUACAUCGCUGGACUCUGCUGGUGCCAACGCUACAGCUAUUAACACCUCUACAUCGCUGGACUCUGCUGGUGCCAACGCUACAGCUAUUAACACCUCUACAUCGCUGGACUCUGCUGGUGCCAACGCUACAGCUAUUAACACCUCUACAUCGCUGGACUCUGCUGGUGCCAACGCUACAGCUAUUAACACCUCUACAUCGCUGGACUCUGCUGGUGCCAACGCUACAGCUAUUAACACCUCUACAUCGCUGGACUCUGCUGGUGCCAACGCUACAGCUAUUAACACUGGAGAACUGACCUCAGCCUUGGCCUGUGUGCCUGUGUGGAUUACUGUACUGAUAGCUGGGGGGGCAGCUUUGGUGGUGGGGGUUGGGGGCUAUUUCUUCAGAGGAUGGAUCGAGAAGAGGUUAACCACCACGAAGCUUCCUGCUGUCCAGCUCUGUGUAGAAAACCUCACCUGCAUGCCACUUACCCUCCUGAUGAUGCUCACCCACCUUCUGGACCAGUCUGAUCACGAUUGAGCUCCCUGCUGUCCGAGGCUGUGCAGAAAGCUUCCUGCAUGCCACUCAUCUUCCUAUGAUACUGUGACAAGGAGGAGGAAGCAUAUUACACUUUACCUCUGGACAGUCCCAUGCCUGAUCGUAAGAUUUUUGAGUUUACGACUGCAUCGAUUUGAUUCUGAUCAGGACUAAACUCUGGAUGAAUGUUCUGCUGUGUGCGCACAGCAUCAGCUAACAGCUUUCUGACUUGUUGAGAUUCAUUGCAGAGUUGUGGACUGAAGUAAUAUGACCUGGACUCGACUCAAACUCAAGUCACAAAUUUGGUGACUUCAGAUUUGACUCAACAUCAAAAAAGGCUUGACUUGAACAACACUCAGACUUGGAAUCAGACUUGGACUUGAGCCUUAUGACUGAAGGGGAGGAACAGGUGAAGCAUCUGGCUGCAGCUGGGACUCUACACAGGAGCUUACUUUUCAUGUGAAUGGCCUUGUUUUCAGCAUAGCCCUAUCAAAACUGCCUCAUAUGUACAUGCGAUAGAGCAACAUCAAACAUCUGCUAUUAUGCUGUUAUUUCAGAAGACAUGCAUAAGAAUUCAUGUUUUCCUCCAUAAGAUAGAAACAAGCAAAGCAUCAACAGCAUCAAUAGACUGAAUAAGCCCUCAUUCAGCACUUAAACUCCACUGUUAGUUCACCUAGCAGUUCUUUAAUGGCAGAUAAACUAAAGAAUCAACUAGGCUUAAGGCCGACUGGCAAUAUUAUCUCCUUUCACUGAUAGCAUCCAUCUAUCCUCAUGGUCGAUCAAGUUGGAUGACUGUCUAAAAGCACUUUAUCUCUCUCUUUAAUAUACAAAAAGUAGAUAUACACUAUUUGCCAAAAGUAUUCACUCAUGCAUCCAAAUCAUUGAAUUCAGGUGUUCAGUCAGAGUAGUGCAGCUUGCAGAUGAUAUCACAGGUCUAAACAGAUGUCUAUUUUAAUGAUGUUAAAGAUUUCUGCAGAUAAACCUUUCACCACAUGGAUGAAGCUGGCUUUUUAUUUGCUCACUUCAUGUUCUAAUUUUGCAUUCCACAUUAAAUAGUGCAGCAGUUACAUUUCGGUGCCUCUGAUCUCAUACUCCCCUAUCCAAAAAUAAUAAAAAAUGAGUCUUUCAAGAUAAUCAUCGUUUAGAACUUGAACUUGACUCGGUACUUGGGACUCAAGUGUCAAGACUUGAGACCUACUUAGAGACCUGUGCCCACCUCUGAUUGACUAUUUCUGUAAAUGUUUAGUUCCACUGUAAAGAACAAAGUCUGUCUGAUCAUCGUUUAGAACUUGAACUUGACUCGGUACUUGGGUCUCAGGUGUCAAGACUUGAGACUUAAUUAGAGACCUGUGCCCACCUCUGCUUGACCGUUUCUGUAAAUGUUUAGUUAAAAGUGAUCAGUUAUUGAUUGUGUAAUUUACACACCAAACCAGAUAUAAAAAUAAACACAAAUGUGAAACAUCUAAACUGUAAAAUGAACAAACGGUCUGAAGGUGUAGGAGAUCCUGUGCUCCUCACUCCCUACUCUAUAAAAGCUAAAGGAGAGCGGAGAGCUUCACCACCUCAUUCAGGAGCUGAAACUCUGAUUAGAUCUCCAGAUCUUAAUUUAUCGAUGGCCUGGAUGAAUCCCGCUCAGUAUGAUCAGUUCUACACGUGUUGGUGUGGAAAAGCAUUAAGACUUUAAAAUGCAUAAACUGUAACUGUUUUUAAUGAGAACGGUCAGUGAGAAUGACCAUUACAAUAUUAUAUUAUAAUAAUGCUUUAGACUAAUUUACUAAUGCCCAGAGAUAUUGAGAUAUGACAUAUAAACCAAAGAGAUGCAGUCAUGAUCACAGUGGUCACGUGGAAAAUAAGACCAAUCGAAACAUUUCUCUUUUAGGUAUUUAGGAAAGCCAUGCUCUAAUUAAAGCUGGAAAGACAGAGUUGUACUGUUAAACGCUGUCAAACAGUUGAUCAUUGGGAUGUCUUUGUAUUGUAUUUGUGUAGCAUGUUUGAAGGUUUACUGUUGUGAAUGUAAACAGAACUGUAAUCACUGAUUCUGCAUGUUAACACCUUGUACAACUCUUAAUUAACAAGUCUUAAUUUUCUAAAGGUACCUGUUACAAGGCUGUUAAAACCCUGCGUGUAUUAGCAAUAAAGGCCGUUUAAAGGA